AUUGGGGGACUUGAUUUUUAACAAUGAAGUUUUCCAAUCAGUUGCUUGCGAGGCCCGCGGCGCGGCGCUGGCGGCGGCACCACCAACCCGUGAACGAGCAUUGACCAAGCGCCAAGCACGCACCGCGCUCCGACAACUUGCCGCAACAUUCUUAGCGUAAAAGUUACCGUGGAUGGUUUACUCUAUGUAAUUUGCGAUGUCGAGUUGAAAACCUAAGGUUUCCUUCGAACUUGCUAGUGCGAACGAAAUGUGUUUCGAACUACGAGUGUGAUACAAUGUGUGUUGCCGACGUGCCGGUGAUACGUUCACUCGCGAUGGAGGUUGCAGAGUUCGAGCAAUAUACUAGUAUACGCUACACUGAUGAGAAUAAUUGAAGAAAAUGAGCAGAAACGGUAGAAGAAUACCCGAGUUCCACGAUGAGCACUGCUGCGCGGGAAGCGUCGGGAAUUUCCGGCGUACCUCGUCACUACGCGUGCGCGGUGAAAAGAUGGUGCAGCGGUCGCCGCUGUCCACCAGGAGAUUAAUUCCCGUAAUCACGGAAAACUCGCACCAAAAACACCGAAGCGAUGUGGCUCGAGUCUCGGACACGGGCCACCGCCAGCGGAGCCAUUCAUUCACAUCUAAUGGUCAAAUUAAGCCAAAAAAAUCCUGUCUCAAACUACAGGAACCUUGCCUGGAUAGAAAACUGAGCAUGACUGACUCUGCAAACACACCACCUGGGUCUCCCGAAGAGCUUCCUGAUGAUGAGUCUCUACACAGCUACGGUAGUGCAGCCACAGCAGCCUCUGUUGACGCAGGCUAUGCUCCAUUUAAUGGGACCACUUUUAGUGGCAGGUCCAUGCGAUAUGUCCUGCAUUGUUCAUCUCAUGCAGGACUGGCUGGAGAUGAUUAUCUCACACCCACCCAGAGGGCACAGAGACAGAUUCGCCGUCUUAAAAAUCUCCUCAACCAGGCCAAAAAAGACCUAGAAAAGAAAGACAGUGAAAUCUUCCACCUGACCAAAGAAGUAGUUGAACUCCGCUUGUUUAAAGCAUCAGUAUGUUCCCCAGAUGAAAAAUCUAAUUCUAGUGAAAUUGUGACCAUAAGAGAAAAUGCAGAUGAGGCUUCCAUUGAGCAGGACACUCCACAGCGUAAUGAGCCACUCCAUUUUGAUGUUACAGACAGUCCAAUGUUCAAAGAUCAGACCCCGACCAGGUGUCGCAAUGAAAUGCAAGGUUCCUUUACUGACUCCGGCCACUUUGAUGAUCUCACUAACUCAUCUUUACAUUCUAAGGAGUCUGUCCACAUGCUGACACAUGAGGCAUCAUGUAUGACUGAGAUAGGAGAUAACGAGGAAGAGCGGCGAAGUUUGAUAUCAUUUUAUGAGAAGAAAAUAGAAGAUGUGAUGCGGACACAUGUUGGGGAAACUCAGGAACUGAAAAAGGCACAUAAUGAUAAGGUGGAAGCAUUGUUGCAGAAGUUAGCAGACGUGAACACAAGAUACUGUGAGUUGUUGCCUAAUUAUGAACAAGCUAAAGAAAGGAUCCACAUUCUGGAGAAGCAGCUGGAAGAGGCCAGCAAACAGCUGCAAGAUGAAGAGAAUAGACACCACUCCAUGUACCUGCAGAUGUAUAAUAAAGGGGUUGAAGCUGCUAAAUUUGAGAUAGAAAAGGAGGCUGAUGCUGGUCCGUCAGUGAGUCCGGUGAGCCGGGUGUCGGUUGAGGAACUUCUGGAGCAGCUGCAGAUCACACAGACGGAGCUUGAGAAUGUCCGAGACACGGCAUUCACAGAGGAGCGUACGACAAAGUUGCAAGUACUUCUAAGCGCAAAGGAGGCUGUUUCUUUAUGGGUCCUAGGAGCUCGAAAGGCCAUGUACCGUCGUAUUGUCGAGUCGCAGAAGGGCAGCAAAACCUAUGUGGACCCUGAGGUGACCCUGCAGUUCCUCAAGUCUGCAAUCUACUACUUCCUCACUGACCCAGAGAACCACCAAGGCCAUCUAAACGCGAUAGAAAAUAUUCUCGGUUUCACUGAAACAGAAAAGAAAAAUAUACGCAAAGCUAGGGCAACGUAGAAAGACUGCUGUGAAUGUGUGAUAUGUCUAUUUAGAUAAAUUUUGUUGCUAUUUACAUAGAUUCUAUUGUUGCAUGUCGUUAAAGACGAUAUAGGUACCUAAAGUAAGUUAAUUUUAAUGUGUGCACAUUUUUAGUUAAGUUUUAUAAGUCGCUCAUACCCAGCAUAAUAUGAUAGCAUAAUAAUUUUUAGUUGUGGUGAUUGUUCUCUCUAUAAAACAUUUCAGGGUCUACAAUCGAUUUAUUUUUCUUAAGUGAUUUUGUGAUUCUCAUAGUAGUUGUAAGCGCCAAAGAAAUCAGUUUCCUUAGAGAUUGUGCAAUUUGACUUAAUUUUAAGUGUAUACCUAGUGUACCAAACAUUCAUUCCUACUUUUAGAUAUUGUUACUUAUUUUAUAAUUUUAUUUUCUUUGGGUAUUGUUUUCCUAUUCUUUAUUGGCUAUUGUUAUAUUGCAUGCUGGUCAGCAUUUUCGAAAUAUUUUAUUGUGUGUGCUAUUUAGGAAAUCAUGAUUAGGACAAGAUUUUAGUUUUAUGAAAUUAAAACCAUCUUUAUGUUAACUGUAACUAUAAAGAUUCAUUUAGUCUCCCUCAAUAAAUAAGUAAUGACAUUAGUUACUAAAAUGCAGGUAUUGGUGUAUAUACCUACAUGUUUAGUACUAACGUCUGCUAUCUAUUAUCAGAAGCACUAAAAUUAGUCUUUAUAGUUACUAAGUUCUAAGUAUAGUUUGUGUAAUUCCGUCGGUAACGAGUCUUGCCACCUGUAAUCGCACUGUGAUUCAUAGUACCUUUUAUUAGGGAAAUGCAUAAUAUCCCUAUUAUGCAUUUGUAUUCCAUCCUAAAAAUACAAUUAUCUUUAAUUUGAGAUUUGUAAAAACAUGUUCAUAUUGUACAGACAGCAUGUUAGCAGCUAGCUAUUUAUCUUUGUUUUUACACGUAACAAAUUGUAAGAAAUUAUGAUAAUAAAUUAUUUCUAUAAAAGACCUGGAGGGUGGAAAACUAGACAUUUACUAUACAGUAUUUAUGCUAUGUCUUGCCUUUCCAUGAGCAAUGGAGUAUAUUAUGAUUUACUUUAGUUUUGCGGUAAAAUGUGAUUAUAAAUUAAAAAAAAAAAAAUAAGUUACAGCAACACAUGACAUUCAUAAAAUUGUGACAUUUUGCUUGCCUUUGUCUUAUUAAAAUGUAAAUCAGCA